AUGGAACCGAGGACGGUGUUCUGCGUUUUCGUUCUAUUUUUCUUCACAGGGACGUUUUCAGAAGAUGUUAUGGGCUCGAACGUCAAGAGGGGACCCAAAGUAACAGCAAAGAAAGGCUAUGGGUAUAAAGGAAGUAAAUUUCAUCGGGUCAUAAAGGAUUUCAUGAUACAAGGAGGAGAUUUCACUGCUGGAGAUGGAACUGGAGGCAAGAGUAUUUAUGGGGUAACAUUUCCAGAUGAGAACUUCAAACUAAAGCACCUGGGAACUGGAUGGGUCAGCAUGGCAAAUGCAGGGCCUGACACCAAUGGUUCCCAGUUCUUUAUUUUAGCUACGAAAGCUCCCUGGCUUGAUGGAAAACAUGUUGUGUUUGGAAAGGUUCUUGAAGGAAUGUCUGUUGUUCACACCAUAGAACUUCAAGAUACAAAUGACAGGAAUGUGCCUUACCAGGACUGUGUGAUAGUAAACAGCGGGAAGAUUGAUGUGAAAGAGCCAUUUGUGGUUGAAGUGGAGGGCUGGUAGUAAGUGAUAAGUGGACGAAAUACAAGACACAAACCAUCACGUUUAAGGAGAAGAAAUGUCAUUAUAGUUCACUUUUAAAAAAAACAACAACUUAAGGGCUGCUAUGCAUUAGUCUCAAACUGAUUGUUUUUCAAAAAGUAGUUAAUGCUUUUUUAACUGAUCUUUUACUUAAACUUAUUCUGCAAUAACCACCAAAUAUAUAAGAUCAACAGCAUGUUGCACUGAUUCUUCCAGCUGUAUUAACAGGGGACAUUAAGAGAUGAGUCAUUUUUCAGUAUUUCCCAAUUUACUAUGUAUUUAGUUAAUGAAAUGUAUAAAUUAACUGGUUUAUGCAUUUUGGAUCAUGUACAAGACAACCCUUGCCAAAACUACUGGAAACGCCCUGUGAAUUUUGGAUGUUAAAUAACAGUUUGCAUGUAAACCACUGGCAUUUAUUUAAGGAUGUUUUUCUUGAUUUUAUAACUAGAUUUUAUUUGUUCUGCAGUGUGCUUGAAUUUCUUCUAAUGUCCUUCAGGGCAUAUGUUUUCCAAUACUUUGACUAUAGUUACAGUACCAUUAGGUUUUCAAUGGGAUGUUGUUGGUCAUGCUGUGGCAUCUGUCCUGUUAUACUCAUAAUAUAUCCCCUUAAUUUCUUUCUCAGACAUCAGAGCUGACUGAGAUUAUUCCUGGGUUUUUAUCUGCUGUUAAAUACCGGUUUUCACUGAUUUUGUUGCAGAUUAAUGUGUAUGGGAGCCAUCACGGGUUUGUCAAGACACACUUCAAGCAUGUAAUUUACAAAAUGAAAAAAUAUAUGCAUCUUAAAUACCAGUAGAAGAAAAUAUACUUUUGAAAGUCAUUUAAAGAUUGCCAUUGUUCAGUUCUUGUAUUGUGUAAUAAAGUAAUUUGUGCAACUGCA